GUGAAUGCAAGAAAGGAGUCUUGAAGUACCUGCUGUGCCUUAAAGACCACAACGGCAGCGCGGAACCCUGCAGACACCUGGCCAAGGAUUACCUGGAGUGUAGAAUGAACAGAAACUUGAUGGCAAAAGAGGAAUGGUCAAAGCUGGGCUUCGAGGAGAAGCCAAAAGCUACGUCAAACUAGACCAUGGGCGACGCAGAGGCAGCACAAACAGCUGUCAAGACGGAGGAUGGCAACAUCCCGCUUCCUAACGAUGAAGAAGCCGAGAAAGUGCUGUCAUUUCAAGAAGCAAUGGCCAUCGCUGACAAAAAGAUCCAUGCCCUGAUUAGCAACGACCCGCUCCUCAACAACCUGCACCCCGAGGUGACCACCGAUGAGCUCAAGUCGUACCUGGCGCUGGAGCACGGCCAGGCCAUGUCCCUGGUGGUGCACAAAGCUGACGGCGACUACUACACGGUCGUCGUCGAGCAGAAGGCCACGGUCCUGGACCUGAAGAAUGCCAUACGGCGGCACGUCACCCUGCGCAUGGCACGCAAGGGAGUGAAGCGCACUCCAAGCUGGAAAUACGUCUGGAAGACUUACUGGCUGUCCUUCGAUGGGGAGCUCUUAAAAGAGGACAAGGCGCUCCUGCGGGACGUUGGAAUUCGCAACAACUCGCAGCUGUCGUUUGUCAAGAGACUGCGGGAGAGAUAGGUGCCGAAUGAACUGUAGUCACGCUAGCAAGCAUUUUUGUGUGCACAAGCAUAAACAUUUAUUGUUUCUCAUUUCGA